UCGAGCUGCCCGGCGGCCGUUGCGCCGGCGGUUCCGCCGGGGGGUGCCGGGUCCGAGCGAACGACAGCGGCGUCCCCGGAGACCCUGCCGGCGAGACCCGGACGGGGCUGCGAUCUCUCAUGAUGGAGGGGAGCCGGCAGACGCGAGUGUCUCGGCCGUACAAGAUCAGCGAGUCUUCAAAGGUGUACCGCUGGGCUGACCACUCAACUACGGUGCUGCAGCGGCUGAACGAGCAGCGUCUCCGUGGCCUCUUCUGUGACGUUGUCCUGGUGGCCGAUGAACAGCGCGUGCCGGCCCACCGCAACCUGCUGGCCGUGUGCAGCGACUACUUCAACUCCAUGUUCACCAUCGGCAUGCGCGAGGCUUUCCAGAAGGAGGUGGAGCUGGUGGGUGCCUCCUACAUCGGCCUUAAGGCCGUGGUGGACUUCCUGUAUGGUGGAGAGCUGGCCCUGGACGGCGGCAACAUCGACUACAUCCUGGAGACGGCCCACCUGCUGCAGAUCUGGACGGUGGUGGACUUCUGCUGCCAGUACCUGGAGCAGGAGGUGAGUGAGGACAACUACCUGUACCUCCAGGAGCUGGCCUCCAUCUACAGCCUCAAGCGGCUCGACGCCUUCAUCGACGGCUUCAUCCUGAGCCACUUUGGCACGCUGUCCUUCACGCCCGACUUCCUGCAGAACAUCUCCAUGCAGAAGCUGUGCGUCUACCUGAGCAGCAGCGAGGUGCAGCGGGAGUGCGAGCACGACCUGCUGCAGGCCGCCCUGCAGUGGCUGACGCAGCAGCCUGAGCGCGAGACCCACGCCUACCAGGUGCUGGAGAACAUCCACUUCCCACUCAUCCCCAAGAACGACCUGCUGCACCGUGUCAAGCCAGCCGUGUGCGCGCUGCUGCCUAGGGAGGCCAACUGCGAGGGCUUCAUCGAGGAGGCCGUGCGCUACCACAACAGCCUUGCGGCCCAGCCGGUCAUGCAGACCAAGCGCACGGCACUCCGCACCAACGAGGAGCGCCUGCUGUUCGUGGGCGGCGAGGUCUCUGAGCGGUGUCUGGAGCUCAGUGACGACACCUGCUACCUGGACGCCAAGAGCGAGCAGUGGGUCAAGGAGACGCCUCUGCCAGCCCGGCGGAGCCACCACUGUGUUGCCGUGCUGGGCGGCUUCAUCUUCAUCGCAGGCGGCAGCUUCUCGAGGGACAAUGGAGGGGAUGCGGCGUCCAAUCUUCUUUAUAGGUAUGACCCCCGCUGUAAACAGUGGAUCAAGGUGGCCUCCAUGAACCAGCGCCGCGUGGAUUUCUACCUGGCCUCCGUCGAAGACAUGCUGGUGGCCGUCGGGGGCCGGAACGAGAAUGGAGCUCUCUCUUCGGUAGAGACCUACAGUCCCAGGACCGACUCCUGGUCCUACGUGGCCGGCUUGCCAAGGUUCACGUACGGCCAUGCGGGCACCAUCUACAAAGACUUCGUGUACAUCUCAGGGGGCCACGACUACCAGAUUGGCCCCUACCGCAAGAACCUGCUGUGCUAUGACCACCGGACGGACGUGUGGGAGGAGCGGCGGCCCAUGACCACGGCGCGGGGCUGGCACAGCAUGUGCAGCCUGGAGGACAGCAUCUACUCCAUCGGGGGCAGCGACGACAGCAUCGAGUCCAUGGAGCGCUUCGACGUGCUGGGCGUGGAGGCCUACAGCCCGCAGUGCAACCAGUGGACCCGGGUGGCGCCGCUGCUGCACGCCAACAGCGAGUCGGGGGUGGCCGUGUGGGAGGGCCGCAUCUACAUCCUGGGCGGCUACAGCUGGGAGAACACGGCCUUCUCCAAGACGGUGCAGGUGUACGACCGCGAGAAGGACAGGUGGAGCAGAGGCACCGACCUGCCCAAGGCCAUCGCCGGCGUGUCGGCCUGCGUGUGCGCCCUGAAGCCGCGGCUGGAGGACAAGAAGAAGAAGGGCAAGGGCAAGAGACCCCAGGACCGGGGCCAGUGACCCCACCUGCGCCUGGCCGCAACCUUGACCUUGUCCCCACCGCCACCUCCCAGAGUGUCUGUGGACCAGCAGCACCCGCGUGGAACCCCGCACCCUCACCUACUUCUUAGCGGCUUUUUCUACUUUUAUGAGUCUUGGUAUUUCUAUGAUAUCACAGUAACUGAUUAAAUGUUCUAUGGAACUUUA